GCUUAGAACUACCAUGAACCAGUCAACCUCUCCAGAAUCUUUACACUUCAUCUCUUACCCUCUGUCUGAGAAUGACAAUUUCUCCGACUCUGACUGGCUAGAAAUCGCUAGCAAUCGCGAGUCUGACACCGAAUCAGUCAGUUCCAACAACGGUGCCGCUUCGAGCUCGCACUCUAGACGAUCCUCAAUCAGCACAGGCAGCUCUCGCAGUGGAGAUGUAGAAGCCUGGGAAGGAUUUCUCGAAGAAAUUACGGACGAAGUUGAAGCGAAGAUUAAUGAGUUUAACCCAACCAAUCCAGACAAUGAACAAUCUACCAGUCCUUUCAUUGACCUCGACGAAGAUCACUUAGAAGAGCGGCGAGUGCGAGAUGGUUUGAAUCAGAGUCUAACCAGUACUCUGGGUACCUCCCGCAUUAGCUCGCACCCAUCCACUGUUCAUAAUUCCUUACGCGACCUUCGCCUAUCUUUCCCAGACCCCCUUAGCAGCUCUCAUGAUGAAAUGAACCGCUCUUAUGACAGAGUCUCUUCAUCUGAAGCUGCAAGUGCCACUCUGACUGAAGGUGGUGAAAAUGAUGAGUUAGGAUCGUCUCAGGUUGACAUGCCGGAGAUAACUCUGAUACGGGAUCCGGGCUUACCUCCUACACCCGAGGCUCCUGGUCAGAACGCUCUCCAAAGCAUCCAGAUACAUUCUACCGUUAGGUCUUCCAAUCUGCAGGUGGUGUUAUAUGGGACAUCUUUCAAGUGGAGUUUUGUGGACGAGUUACUCCGCAAAGCUAUCGUCGGAGGAGAAAUCGCUGGAAUCGACGGAUCAGAAACAGAACAGUUGAGGCCAGCCAUCUUUGACUGUAUGGAUCUGCCGCGUUCGGAUUACAAUCCGGACCGGCCGUCGUUGGGUAUCGUCUUUCACCCCCUUGCGGAUGCUACGAUCGCUGAACAUACCGCAUACCUUCCUGUCGUCGUUGGUAACAACGACGAUUCUUUCGAGAAAGAAUUUCAGGAAGCUCAAGUAGCCUGGGCUUCCUACCACAUUCCGCCUCACAGAGUCGUCCGUUUGGAAGGCAGUAGCAGUUCAUCAAUGUUUGCUGCCGAAGAUGUUGAUAAACUUGAUCCAUACAAUACUCAUCAAGCUAUACAACGAAUCAUCAGGCAGGAGAAACCUGCAUCGUGGGUCGGACUAUUUGAACAGUUCAAUACCGUUCACGCUGUUACCCUGUUCGCACUUCUGUGUGUUAUUGCUGGGUUUUCAGUCAAUACAGCGAUCUUUGUACAACCUAUGAAGGGACUUUCCAUCCUUCCUCCUUCACACACCAUUUCCGGAAAAGGUGACAGUAAUCAGUCUUCUGCAUUGGCAGUGCGAACAACAUUCAGUCUAUCUGUGAUACCCGCUUCUCUCAAUUAUGUUCCUGCUAUAUACAGCAGGAGCGUAAUUUCAACUUCUAGAGCCUCGGGUCCAUCCACUACUGCGUUUCCUCUGUCUUCCAGGGCCGAGGAGCAACAUGCUGGCCCAGUCACACCUCUGGAAGCCAGUCUGAUGAAAUCUUCGAAAGAAGUGAUGAUUCGGCCUUCAACAAGCAUAUCUGCUCAAGCAUCCGAUAUAUCAUCAUUCUUGGACCCUGUCACAUCCACUUCAGCUCCGCAGAGACCCCCAUCCGCUGUCGCGACUCGGCUCGUCGAUUCCCUUUCCGAAAUCGUUGUUACCUCCAUGAAGGCUCUGAUUGAGGUGGUAGAACACGAUCUGAAGGAUCUCAUGGUAGCUAUCGACGAUCUGAUGCUUGCCUUACAUCGUUCGACCUCGAUCGUCGUUGAACAAUCUAAAAGUGCGGCUCAGUCUGUUUGGGAACAAUUGGAUUACAGGAAUGCUAGGGCAAAAGAUAGGGCCAGAGAGCUAAAGGACAAAGGGAUGCAGUUAAUGUCAUAUGCAGGAAACCAUAUAUUGGGGCGUACCACUGAUGCGAAACAGACUGCGAACUUCUUCAAGGACCUCAUUACUUCCAGACGAAGGCAACUGAAGGAUAAGCUGAAACAUGGAGCGCAGCGUGCACGACAUCGUGCCCGUCACCACAAGAGCGGAAUAAAGAGCCAUCGUAUGGAUUCUUGAAUCUGAGUUGAGGUAAAUAUAUGAUAUGGAUAUUUGGUGUAUCACUGUAUGUAUAUCUAUGCGACGUUAAUCAUGAUAUGUUACUACUGUGAAA